CUAACGAUUAGGUAAUGUAGUGAGUUUUACUACAAUUUUCACAUGAAGAGUGACUGAAAUACUGUUUCUAUUGUUCUAUGGAUGGAUUUCGAAGAAAGAAGUGAGGUUUUACCUUGAUAUUUUGUGCGAAAACAAUUUUUGAGCCUCGUUGAAGUUGGAAACCCUUCGUUUUUCAACGAAGAAGCGAGAACAGUGAAUCGUUGAAUGAUUCUUCGAAAACCUUUGCGAAAAUCGUUGAAUGAUUCUGUGUUUUCUGAAGUUUUUGGUGCGCGAUUGGAUGAAGAAUGGAGAGUUAGAGAGCAGAGGGAAGUGCAACUGUCGCGUGAAAGGUGAGAGAAAGAAGGAAAGAAGGCGGGCACGGUUUAAUGUCACGUCUCCUUUUCAAAUUGUCAGAUGGAAAGAUUACUAUUUUGCCCCCCGUGUAGUUACUUUUGCUUGAUCUGACGGUUGAAAAGCGGAUGGAAUGGACGGUUGAUAGGGCGGUUACUGAUGGUUACUGAUAUAUUGGUUACUGAGGGGAUCCGGACCCCUUUUUGGUCUCCGAAACUGCGAUUUUUCCCGCCUCCUAACUCCACAAUUUCCAUUCUCCAUUUUGUUUACAUUUUAUUGCUUCGGUUUUGCCACUCGGAUUCAUCGGAAUCAAUCGAGGAACAAUACUUACUUGCGACCCCAGCUCGUAAAGUUGCAGACUUCUUCUUCUUUCUAUGAAUUUGACCAAAAUCGGCCAUCAUCUCUCCGCAUCAAUCAGAAGUGCAUCGACGGGAAAGCCAACCGUAACUCUCGCAACCUUAGAGACCCUUCUGCAGCAAUGCCGAAACUCGAGUCACUUCGAUCAAAUCCUUUCCCAAAUGGUCAUCACUGGCUUCCUGGGCGACACUUUCGCUGCUAGCAGGCUGCUGAAAUUCUCCACUGACUCGCUCUUCGUUCCCAUCGCCCACUCCCACCGCAUCUUCACUCACGUUCGGGGCCCCAACGGGUUCAUCUGUAACACCAUGAUGAGGGCUCAUGUACGGAGAAAUAGUCCGGAGCAGGCUCUGCUUGUUUACACAUUGAUGCGAGACGGUGAUGUCGCGGCCGAUACUUACACGUAUCCGAUUCUCCUGCAGUCUUGUUCACAGAGGCUAGCGGAGGUUGAAGGGAGAUUGAUUCAUGGCCAAGUGAUUAAGGUGGGUUUUGAUUCUGAUGUUUAUGUGGGGAAUACGUUGAUUAAUAUGUAUGCGGUUUGUGGGUGUUUGGGUGAUGCACGCAAAGUGUUCGAUGAAAGUUGUUCCUUGGACUCGGUAUCGUGGAAUUCGAUGUUGGCAGGGUAUGUAUCGGCAGAUAACGUGGAUGAGGCGAAGUGGUUGUAUGAAAGGAUGCCUGAGAGGAACGUAAUCGCUUCGAAUUCUAUGAUUGUGUUGCUUGGGAGGAGUGGGCAUUUGGAAGAGGCUGCUAAGGUGUUCGAUGAAAUGCCUGAGAGAGACUUGGUAUCGUGGAGUGCGUUGGUAUCUUGUUAUGAGCAGAAUGAGAUGUACGAUGAGGCGUUGAGGAAGUUUAAGGAAAUGGUUGUUGAUGGAGUACUGGUGGACGAGGUUGUACUGAUCACUGUUCUUUCUGCUUGUACUCAUUUAGUGGUAGCUAUGACAGGGCAGUUGAUCCAUGCUUUGGCUAUCAAAGCUGGGAUUGAGUUAUACAUUAACCUUCAAAAUGCCUUGAUACAUAUGUACUCCAUUUGUGGAGAAUUAGUUUCUGCUGAAAAGUUGUUUAGCUCUGGCUGCACCUUGGACCUUAUAUCGUGGAACUCUAUGAUCUCCGGGUACUUGAGAUGCGGGGAAGUGGAGAAGGCUAGGAGCUUAUUUGAUUCGAUGCCACAGAGGGACACUGUGUCAUGGAGUGUGCUGAUAUCAGGCUAUGCCCAACGCGAUCGGUUUGCUGAUGCAUUGGCAUUGUUCCAGGAUAUGCAGCUUGAAGGGAUUCAGCCUGAUGAAACCGUUCUGGUGAGUGUUAUCUCAGCUUGCACACACUUGUCUUCCCUCGACCAAGGUGCAUGGAUUCAUGCAUAUAUUAGGAAGAAGCAAAUGAAAGUUAAUGUCAUACUAGGCACAACCCUUAUUGACAUGUACAUGAAAUUCGGUUCAGUACCGAAUGCCAUGGAAGUUUUCAGAGCCAUGGAAGAAAAGGGGGUAUCAACUUGGAAUGCUCUUAUUCUGGGUUUGGCGAUGAAUGGGUUCGUGAAGGAGUCCCUCGCCACUUUUUCGGAGAUGAAGGAGUGUAGUAUUGUGCCAAAUGAAAUAACGUUUCUAGCUGUGCUUGGUGCUUGCAGACACAUGGGCUUGGUAGAGGAAGGGCGUCGCCAUUUCGACGCCAUGUCCCGAAAGCACGGAAUAGAACCGACUAUCAAACACUAUGGAUGCAUGGUUGAUCUUCUUGGACGCGCAGGUAAGCUAACAGAAGCUGAAGAACUUAUUGCCAACAUGCCUGUGCCUCCUGAUGUUUCAACUUGGGGUGCUUUACUCGGGGCUUGUAAAAAACACGGGGACAAUGUGAUGGGAGAAAGAGUGGGAAGAAAAUUAGUAGAUCUUCAACCGGAGCAUGAUGGCUUUCAUGUUUUAUUGUCCAACAUAUAUGCUUCAAAGGGCAGCUGGGAUAAUGUGCAUGAGAUUCGAGGGAUGAUGAGGCAACACGGUGUGAUUAAGACACCGGGUUGUAGCAUGAUUGAGGUGAAGGGAACAAUUCACGAAUUUCUCGCAGGUGAUAAGACACACCCUCAGAGCGAAGAUAUCGAGAAAAUGCUAGACGAUAUGACUAAGAAACUAAAGAUGGAAGGUUAUGCACCAGAUACACGUGAAGUUUUGCUUGACAUUGAUGAAGAAGAUAAAGAAACCACAUUGUUUAGACACAGCGAGAAGAUUGCAAUCGCCUUUGGGCUUCUCACCAUUGACGCACCUACACCAAUAAGAAUCAUGAAGAAUUUACGGAUAUGCAAUGAUUGUCACACGGCAGCUAAGGUAAUCUCUAGAGCUUAUGAUCGCGAAAUUGUGGUGAGGGAUCGACAUCGGUUCCAUCACUUCAAGCAGGGCUCAUGCUCAUGCCUGGAUUAUUGGUGACGGAAAGCUUCGGCCCUAGCAUAUAAUCAUAUUUUUCUCGAAUCUGUCAUUUAUGCUCAUUGUGCAUUUGUGCAAUUGUACAUGAAUCAUGAUGUUUACUCUGCUCGCUUGAAUACGUGAUGGUGCCAGAGGAUCUUCUAUGUAGCCAUAUCUCCUGAAUCCAAUUUGGCAUGUAAAUCCUACUACGAGAUUCGUAUGUUGGACUAGAGCACCUAUAAAUACAGAGGCUUACA